CAACAAUAAAGAAAAAUAUGGAAGCCUGACCACCAGCUACACAACAGUGCAAUGGACGAGCUCGUCUGCCCCGCCGCCUCAUCAUGCAGCUCUCCCUCGCCCACCUCCUUCUUCGCGGCCGGCCACGUACCGGAGCUCGAGUUCGUGUCCUGGGAUGUCCCGGAGGAAUGGAUGGAGGGCACCGACUGGUUCGAUGAACCUUUGGAUGGCGACGAGGGCUCGCGCUCGGCGGGCAACGACCUGUCCGGCGAACCGCCGGCGCCUGCGCCGAAGCGGCGGCGUGGCCGGAAGCCCGGGCCCCGGACCAACGGCCCCACUCUCAGCCACGUGGAGGCCGAGCGGCAGCGGCGGGACAAGCUCAACCGCCGCUUCUGCGAGCUCAGGGCCGCCGUGCCCACGGUGUCCCGGAUGGACAAGGCGUCCCUCCUCGCGGACGCCGCCACCUACAUCGGGGAGCUGCGCGACCGCGUCGAGCAGCUAGAGGCCGAGGCGAAGCAGGCCUCGGCCGCUGUCACCACCGCGGUGGCAGCGGCCAGCCACUCGUUCGCCCCCCUGCAGGAGAAGCUGGGGCUGGAGGUGCGGAUGGUGGCCGGGCUGGACGCGGCGGCGCUGCGCCUGACGACGAGCGCCGCGCGCCACGCACCGGCGCACCUCAUGCUCGCGCUCCGGUCGCUGGACCUGCAGGUCCAGCACGCGUGCGUAUGCAGGGUGGGCGGCGUGACCGUGCAGGACGCCAUCGUCGACGUUCCCGCCGGGCUGCGGGACGAGCGCUGCCUCCGCGCCGCGCUGCUCCAGAGGCUGCAGCCGAGCGGCUAGUUAGCAGCUUGGUAUCCUCGUCGCCGGCCGGCCGGAAAAGCUUGAGCUGAUCUACUCCGUCUCCGCCAAAUCAAGCCAGCACACCUCGUGUUUCGUUGCCGGAUUGCUUGGACGGCGUUCUCAGGCGUCAAAUCAGGCUGGCUGCAUGUUAUCUUCAACCUCAUUAUUACUGGUGUGUCCACUGAUGUUGUUGUCCGCGAAUCUGCCGCGCAUCUAUAGUGCCAGUUUCUUGUUUGUUGGCGUUGUUCUUAUCUUCUUUCUUGAGGACAUAUAUAUUAUGCAUCUGCUCUUUCUGAACUGUACGCGCUGUGAUUAUUUUCCCCACACGACGAGACAUCCAUUUGUUUCAA